UUCAGCACGGCGGGAGAGUCAUUAUACCAGUUAUUAAAUAUACCCAAAGACGCAAAGGAAGAUGACAUCAAGAAGGCCUACAGGAAGAUGGCAUUGAAGUACCAUCCUGAUAAGAACAGAGACGACCCACUUGCAGGAGAAAGGUUUAAAGAGAUCAACCGCGCACACAAAGUACUAAACGACGAGAAGAAAAGACAGAUUUACGACGAGUACGGCUCGUUUGGAAUCUACAUCGCAGAACAAAUUGGCGAGGACAACGUUGAUCUCUACUUCCUAGUCAAUUCUAAAUGCUUUAGGAUAACGAGUGUGAUCUGUUUCUUCUGUACGUGUUAUUGUUUCUGCUUCUGUUGCUGUCUGUGCUGCUUUGGAUGCUGUGGACGGUGUAAACGAGGGGAGGAUGAAGAUGAAGACUUUGAGAUCGUCAUACCGGAGGAUGAGGACGAGGAAGAAAUAGACGCAGACGGCAACACGCCCAUCACCAGUCAGCCAAAAGCAUCGCCAGACGAGGGCGCUUCAAACCAGAACGUCGCCAUACCCAUGCCAGCACCUGAGAAGUCUCCCGAGAAAGAGCCCACCGAAACGACGGUUCUAAAUGCGGGCGACAAAACCAAGUAUACGGAAGGAUAACACCCGAGGGCGCUAUAACAUAUUUUCCUUUUUGUAUUUAAUCGAUUCAGUGAAUCAAAGGGGAAGGUCAAUCCUGUAAGAGUUGGUGAGAAUAAAGUGGCAAAUUUAGAGAAAGAGCUUUGUGAGUGGUUGAGGAAAAUUAUAAGAAAUACUAACAAUAUGCAGAUAUGACUCAAAUAGGAGUUUUGAAGCCACAAUGCUGUAUUUCAGCUUUAACUUACUAUACUCACUCGAUAUCAGGUAUUGGUUUCCCCUUGUCUCGGCAUAUUAAACUGUACUAGGUAUUAUGUCUAUUUGGUAUCUUUUUAAUCUUUAUUCAUCGUUGUCACAAGUUUUAUUUAAUUUAUAAUAUAAGUAUACGUGACAGGUAAUCAUGAUUAUUUGUUUGGUAUUAUAGAAUUGUAUUAGACGCUGAUAGCGUAUCCCUUUUUCUGGGCUGCGUUUCAUAAAGAUUUGUUACAAAAUCAAAUCCACAAUUUCUGCAACAAAUUUACUAUCAGCCAAUCAGAUUGAAGGAUCUCGGUAGCUUUUAACUGUUAUUGGAAAUGUGUUAUUGUAAACAAAUUUUAUGAGACAGGCCCCAGACCCCUAAUCUCCUCUUUUCAACCUUGUGUUGCAGUUAUUUAUGAUGGGUUUAUUUACGUGCAUCUCUUUAUGCCCCUUUGAAACAAAUCUCGUUUUCCCCACCCCCCCCCCCUUUGAAACAAAUCCCGUUCCCCCCCCCCACAUUUGAGCAUACAUGUACAUUCGUAAGGAAAAGCUGUCCCUAAAUGUAUUGAUCAUGUACAUGUAGUAACUUGAGACUCGUAUGCCCCUUUUUUUUAAGUAGUGUGAUUUGACCAUGUUCGUGUUUUAACGAUAUGUUUGGUGAAAACUAUUCAUAGGAAUUUAUGUUUCUUAAUUUUGAAAAUUUAUUGGACUUCAACGGGACAUGUGAUGAAGCGGUCCGUUUUACAUUAGAUUUAGAAAAACAAUUUUAUUUUUUAUCAUUUCAAUCUAUUAAGCUACUUAAGUCUCUUAGCCUAGAAUUUAUAGUUUGGAAAAAAAGGACAGUAGAAGCAAAUAUGUCUUGAUGUGUCUUUUGUGAAUUCUGGGGCGUGUUUCAUGAACUGUCAUAUCGGUGAUUUUCAGUGGCAAUUCUGCUCUUAUCCAAUCACAUGCAAGGAUUGUUGAGAGUUGUCAGAGAAAAUCCUGGGCCCCAACUUACACAGAGUUACGAUUGAUCCGAUCAAUCGCAACUGUGGAUGGCCAGCAACAUCAACAUCUUGAAUGCAAAUUUGUUUGAAAUAUUUUCUAGAUUUGAUGUAUAUUCAUACAUUCAUCGCUGUCUUGAAGAUUUAGUGUGAUUCUCUUUGCUUACCGAGGAGAUUGUGCAAAUUUCCUGUAGAAAAUAUUAUGGUAUGGAUGGAUUUCCAUAGUGUUAAGAUUGAUUGGAUCAAUCGUAACUCUUUGUAAGACGGGGCCCUGGACUGUAUUAGGUUCAUGAGUCGUGGCACACCUUUCGUUUCAAUUAAUAUACAUUCCUUGUGCACAAAAAUUCAUGUCUUUUUUUAUACACCAGACAAUGCAAUUUUUCUAUGGAAGCCUGUUGACUUUCAUUUUAGGGUUGUUAAUUCGAAGUGAUCACUGUUUGUGUAUAUAUAUCAAAUAUUUACAGUUAUUCCCUAGCAGUGUCACUCCUGCCUCUGCUUUAGAUAUCAUUUAAAUCGUAGAGUCAUUGGCCCCUGUUUAACAAGGAGUUGCAAUUGGUCCAUUCUAUCUCAAGUAUGGAAUGCCAGUAGCACCAUCAUCUAGAAUUUAUCAACUUCAUUCAAUAUAACUAACUUGGGAUUUAGCAGGCCAACGCUUUUUUUUUUGGGGGGGGGCAGGGGGGGGGGGGGAGCGGGCGCGGGCUACUUUUCACAAGCUACUGCCUAAAUCUCCAACACUGGAUAAGCUUUAACUUUGCAGUAAAUAGGGAUUUCCCCAGGGCUUUUUAGAGCACUUUGUGGUUCUAAAUCAACAUUGGCCCUAUAUAAUUUUCCCCAACGGUUUAGGUUGCAAAGACUGAUGUUCGAUAAGAUGUUCAAUUCUUUUGGAUUAGAAUGUGAGUCAUGUUGUCCAUCUUUUAUUUCAAAAUUCUUUUGACCCCCCUUCCCUCCCCAAAUCAGUAUUCAUGAUGAUGUUAAUGUAUAUUAAUAAGUCGUUUGGUUUUAACUGUAUCUUUUGUCCAGCAUUUUUCUAUAGAGUUAGCUAAAUUUAAAUAUCAUUUAGCACUUCACAUGUUCCCACUGGCCUCUUUCAGACUUGUUAUAUUUUUUCGUACAGGUUACCAAGCUCAGUAUAAUUAUAUUCACAUAUAAAUCCAGGCCACCGAUCAUAUGUGACGUGAUAUAGUUGUUGGAGUUCUAGGUAAAAGAAUUCAGUUGCAUUGCAGUAAAUAUUUAUGUCACGACUGAGAAAGUCUAUAAAAAUCAAGGUUAACUGUCACCGUAUUAUCAUAGAUCUAGGUUGGGUGUAUUAAUAUCAACUUAACUUUGGGAAAUCAUAUUAGCUGGAAACCAAUAACUCUGAAGAUUACUCACACAGAAAAGCACAUGUGGGACAGUGUAUUAAUAUUACUAGGAAGAUACCCGGCAUUCGCUUUUCAAAUGCUGUUCAAGAAUUAUGAAAAGGAUAUAACUUAUGUACUUUAUGAUCAAGAUUUUAACUGCCUCUAAAAAACUUUGUGUACAUGUCCACUGCAUAUUGUUUAUAGCUAUUGUAGAUCUUCGUACAGGCAUAAAUUGAGGUAGACAUUCUUGGUACAGCAUAGAAUAUUUGUACUAUUUUAAUUGUAUGAAUAGAUUAUUGUGAACACUAUUAUGGUUUUCAUUAUGAUAUUAGAUGUUCUGUGUAUAUUUUGUUUUUACUCAAAUUGUAUUGUGCUCUCAUUUAUCUCUUUUGUAUUCUAUGUCUUUAAAUUUAUCUUUAUUCCUCUGUCACGUUCACACAUAUCAUAUUAAACCUUUAUUUUUAGAACGUAAAUAAUGGACCACAAAAUAACAUGGGAACUGCCAUGUGACUGAUGCUAAAAGUGAGAUAUUUGGUUCUCAAACAUUUCAUGUACCACUUUCCAGUAUAAGAUAUGGAAAUCAGCACUUUUAUGAGCAUUUACAAUCGGAAGCAGAUAUAUUGAAACUUUGGCUUGAAACCGAGGUGGAAGCUUUGAUAUUGGGCCAUGUUUCACAAAAUACAUUUUAUUCAUGCCUUUUCAGUUUAAGAUUUUAAAAUCAUCACCAUCAUCAUUUACAUUUGGGAAGUAGAUGAUUUGAAACUAGACUGAUCUCUGUUCAUCUGUUCUGUGGCUCGAAGAAAUUGUUUUGAACUUCCUUGUGAUGUUCCUUCUUGAAAUUCAAUUCAUGACUUCAAAAAUUCUUCUUGGUGUUCGAGGUUUGCAGAGGUUUAAUGUCUUAAUGUGUGAACAGGCAUUUUCUGAGGUAGUAUGUGAAGCAGUGAUUGUGCCGCGAAUAUGUACAGCCUAUGACCACUCAAGAUAUGAACCAGGGGCCUGUCAAACAAAGAGUUGCGAUUGAUCGGAUCAAUCACAACUAUGGAAAGCCAACAAUGUCAACAUCUAAAAUACAUGUUUAUUCAAAAUGUUUUCUAGAAAUGACGUAUAUUCAUUCACUGUUUUCUUGAGAAAUCAGUAUGCUUCUCUUUGUUUUCAAAGGACAUUGAACAAAUCUCCUGAAGAAAUAUUUUUUAUGACAUGGAUGGAUUUCCAUAUACUUGAGAUUGAUCGGAUCAAUCGUAACUCUUUGUAAGACGGGCCCAGGUCUUACUAAAAGUUACGAUUGAUCUGAUCGACCGUAAUUAUAUGGAAAUCCAACAAUGUCAUAAUAUUUUUUCUCCAGGAUAUGUGCACAAUGUCCUUUGUAAACAAAGAAAAGCACACUGAAUUUUCAAGAAAACAAUGAGUGUAUGACUUAACAUCAUAUCUAGAAAAUAUUUUGAACAAACAUGCAUUUUAGAUGUUGACGUUGCUGGCUUUCCGUAGUUGUGGUUGAUCGGAUCAGUGGUAAUUCUUUGUAAGACUGGGCCCAGUUUUAUAUGAGCCAUUUCAUGGGCCUUAAUGUUUUUGCAUGGUGGAGGUUAUGUCCGAAGUAUUGUGUGCAUAAGCUGGCUAGGUCCACCAACUGCAUGCCAGCAAGGCACUGAUAAGCAUUAUAGUCCAUGAAUAAAAAGCCACAGAAGGCAAAGGUUACGUUGCUGAGAUUUUCAAAUCUUCGAUCGCGUCUCUGGCAUGAAUUGCAAUCAUCAGCUCUCAUACUCUUGGUUGCAUUGCAUAGGUUACCCACUCAAGCAACAAAUGGCACAAAACCAAUGUGCAAACUAGGUAUAUCUGUGACUACAAUUUGUGCAAGAGUCUGGUGAAUUCAGUAUUUGAACAGCAUUAAGGUCAAUCCUUGCUUCACAUAAUACCUCUUUAAAAGCCUUAAGUAUGUAUCUAUGUGGAUAUACUUACAAUCUAAAUCCUAUCUAAGUACUAUUUGGUUUUGUGUGGCCACUCUGGUUCCGUCUUUCAUCGUGGCAAAUUGAUACUUGCAUGAAAAUUGAUUUGAUUUGAUAUAAUUGUAGUCAAACCUGUCUUUUAAUAGUGGCUACCCGUCUUUACUGGAAACCAUGUCUUUAGUGGCCAUCAAAUUUGUCUCCCAUUUGAACAGAAUAUGUGUUAUAGAACCCGUCUAUAAAGGACACCUGUCUGCAGUGGCCACUUUUUCUGUUUCACUUUGAUGGCCUUAAUGGUUUUACUGUACAUGUAUUCAUCUGUUGUGCAGAAAAUAGUCUCAAAAUGAAAUGUGCUCAUACCCAUUUCAAAUCUAUUUCCCUACCAUUUAUCUACAUUGUUUAUCAACAUUCUGUUAAUAAUAUAAUACUUUUUAGUUCAUUGCUUUGAUUAUCGAUUGAUUGAUCGAUUGGAGUGUCGGAAUCCAAAUAGUUUAGCUUAAAGUGAUUGGCUAACAUUGAUUUGACUUUAAAAAAUCUGAGCUAGAAGGUCACACUUGUCACCUGUGUCUGUGAUAUGUUACAAAAAUGAAGCCCAGAAAAAAUUGCGUUCGAAAAUAAUUAUUUAGUGCUUCAAAAAUUGAAAUAUAAAGUGACCGAAAACACCAUCUUAAGUUCAUCCCAUACACUUAUGUGUACUAUUUAGGCGUCUAUAAGACGCCUAUUUACAAAAUCGGGGUUUGCCUUGUAGUUUUAGCUUUUCAUUCUCAAUAAUGGUUGUUUUCAGGGUUUAUUAGUUCUAAUACAUGCACUUGUACACAUGUUUCAUCUUGGUUCAAGAAUUUUUUAAAUCGGCUGCUCACAAAGUUAAACAAUACCUUUAAAACUGCAGUCACUUAACUAUAACAUGACUGUUUAGGGGCUGCUGAUGAUUCUGGCUUUGAUUAACAUUUUAAUGUUCAACUGCAGUUUAGAGUAAGUUGCGUCCUACUAAAAAUGGAAUCAUUUGAAAUACGGUCAUUUUUUUUAAUAUGUCAUAAGUAAAAAAUUUGAGUCAACUUUUUUGUCUCAUAAUGCAGCGAGCGAAGAACGCCCUGUUGAAUAGCUUCAAUCAGAGUACGCGUCUUUAGACACCUCAGUUUUUUCUCAACAAAAUAAAUUCUGGAUGAUAAAGUUUACAGCCAUACUGGGAUUUAAACCCAUGAUCAUUCCAAUGAAAGCACAAGGAUAAUACCACUUUGUCAUGCUGAUGGGUUGCUUACUAUGUCAGAAAUAUUGCUAUAUUCUAUACCAUUUAUGUUAAUGAAAAGCAUAACGUUUCAUGACUGGGUUAUGUUCCUGAAGUAUGUAGGUGUUUUAUCAUAUUUAUUGAUUGUUUUAUCCCUUUCAAAGACAGUUUUCAUUUUACACUGCUUUCUAGCUGUUCAUGUACUUUGGUAAUCUGUCAAUGAAAGAUCAAUUUGUAAUGCAGUCACAACAACGAAGCCGACUCCAAACCAACCAAUAAUAAGUCAUUUGAUAUUACGUAAUAGCUUUGAUCGGUCCGGAGUCGGUUUCAUUGGUGCACUGCAAAAACUCCGGUGUUGAUAUAACACCAGCCCGGAAUAUGUCCACACCAGAGAAGUAUUGAAACAACACCAGUUUGGAAUCAAACCGAUGCUGUUUUAAUACUAAUUGGUGUUGUAUAAACACCUAUCUGGUGUUAGACCAAAAUGAAACUGGUGGUGUUUAACACUUCUCUGGUGUGGAAAUAUAUAGAUUCCAGGCUGGUGUUGAAUCAACACCAGAGUUUUUGCAGUGUGUGACUGUAGCGUAUGUAGACAAAAUAUAAACAGUUAGCUGCCUUAAGUAUUUAGUUUUGACUAACUUCUGUUAAAUCGAUCGUUGAGUGUACUAUUAUUCAUGUAUAUUCAUGUUUAUUCAUUUAUAGACUAGACUCGUUUAUAUCAAAAUCAUGCAUAUUCAUGAGGUAUCAAUUGGUCAUUUUGUGAAAUGGAAUGAGCGUAAAAGCACAAAGCAACCAAUGUCAUAAGUGUUAUUAUUACAAUUAUGCAAUAAAUUGUGAGUAUAUUAUAUAUUCAAUGAAAA